AUGAAGCAUGUUAGGCGUUUAGUUGUACUGGCAGUUCAACUUGCAAUCAUAGUAUGCACAAGUUAUCAACUGACAAAAUUACUUUUUCAAUUUAAAUGGAAGGAACAAUUCGGCUUAUCACGAAAUGAUGAUGGUUUCUCCUACAAUGUAUUACCACGUGAAAGUUAUUCAAGUUCAGCGCGUAAUUCAAAUCAGACCUAUUAUAUUGCAUCACAAAUGACGAGGUAUGAAAAUAAAAUUACACUCGGAUUUACUGAGAAAGAUCUUGAAAAAUUAUAUGAAGUGAAAUCUACUCCAUCUGCCGUUGAUAUUUAUGGUGGGUGUGGUACAAUGACAUGUCCUAGAGAAGUCGAUGCUCAAUGUUUUUCUCUACUUAGAAAGCAUUAUAAAUUCUACUUGAGUUUUGAAAAUAGUUUAUGCCCUGAUUAUAUUACGGAAAAGAUUCACAGAAAUGCAUUAAUCAACAAUGUAAUUCCAGUUGUGAUGGGUGCCUCAUAUGAAGAGUACAAGCGUGUCACUCCACCUCAUUCGUUUAUUCAUGUGGAUCAGUUUGAAUCCCCAGAAAAACUUGCCAACUAUUUGAAGUAUUUGGACAGAAACGAUACUGCAUACAAUGAGUACUUUGCAUGGCAUGAACAUGGGACCAUAGAUGCAUGGUCGCCUUUACCUCAAUGCGCUAUAUGCUUAUUAGCACAUACUGCUCAUAAACUGAAAACGUAUACAUUCCCAAACGUUUCGAAAUGGUGGAACGAUGCUUGUGUUGGUCGUAAAAUACGCUGGAAUCCUAUCCAUUAG